AUGCCGUUCGGCAUCAAGCCGGUGUGUUCUUCUUGCAAGAUCACCUCAUCGCCCAUCUGGAGGAAAAGCUGUCGAGGUGAGGUGCUGUGUAAUUCCUGCGGGCUGAAGCAAGUUAACGGCACGUCUUUGGCGUCGCCUCCAGCUCCCAAACCUGAACCUGCGACCAGCGUGAAGAGCAACGGUGGUCUCAAGAGCAGUAGUUCUACUGUAACGACGACGGCAGCCAGCAGUAACGGAGCUCCAGUUUUACGCAAGAGCGCCAGAAUUAAGCCGACAAAGAAGUCAGCCCAGGCCUCCAGUAAAACCUUGUCCGCCAAAGGGAAAGGACGACGGGUUAUUUUCAAGAAAAAUCAGCCAGUCAAGGCUCCGACUUCAGUGGCAACUGUUGUGACAGGAGAGAGUGUGUUUCAUAAGGUUUGUCUGAUCAGUACUAUCAGGCCUGGAGAUGUUGUGUCAUUAGUUGACCACGAGGGUGGCUUGUAUUACGCCCAGCUGCGGGGCUUCUUGUCUGACCAGUACAAUGAGAAAAGUGCAGUCAUCACCUGGUUGCUGCCAACGGUCCAUUCCCCACACAACAAGUUUGACCCCAGUACAUAUAUUCUUGGACCAGAGGAAGACUUGCCUCGUAAAAUGGAUUACAUGGAGUUUGUCUGCCAUGCACCAUCCGACUACUUCCGUGCCCACGAUGCCCCGUACAAAACUGUCAAUCCUGAACCCAAAUUGUGUUACAUCUGGACUUCCAUAGGCCCACAAAUACAGACGGCGCCUUCUAUUGAUGAGAUUUUUGGGAUCAGCGAUAACCUGUCUGUAAGUGGUGCAAGUAUUCUGGGCAAACUAGACAGAAACCAGGGCAAGGAUAGUGGUGUUUUACCAGACAGAGAUAAAGCCAGCAGAAAACAGAUCAAGACUGAAAGUGUCGACCUAUGA